AAUAAAAAAGGCUUAAAAACCUCACCAGUCACACAACCAUUUCUCUCGGUUACACACAGCAAUACUUUUAUAAGAAGAUAAGAAGGAAGCACAGAAAUAGUCGCAACGUAUUCAGAAAGAGAAGGAGAAAAUCAAUCACAAUAUCAAUGGCGGAGAAGAGCUUCAAGUAUGUGAUCAUCGGCGGUGGUGUAUCUGCUGGAUACGCUGCUAGAGAGUUUUGCAAGCAGGGGGUUAAGCCCGGUGAGCUUGCAAUCAUCUCCAAGGAGGCGGUGGCUCCUUAUGAACGUCCUGCACUGAGCAAGGCUUAUCUUUUUCCUGAGGGAACUGCAAGACUUCCAGGAUUCCAUGUCUGUGUUGGAAGUGGAGGGGAGAGAUUACUUCCUGAGUGGUACAAAGAGAAAGGGAUUGAGUUGAUCCUUAGCACAGAAAUAGUGAAAGCAGAUCUUGCUGCCAAGACACUUGUUAGUGCAGCUGGAGAAAUAUUCAAGUAUCAUAUUUUGAUUAUUGCAACUGGUUCCACAGUCAUUAAGUUGACAGAUUUUGGUGUCCAAGGAGCUGAUGCCAAAAACAUUCUCUACUUGAGAGAAAUUGAUGAUGCUGACAAACUUGUAGAAGCAAUUAAAGGAAAGAAGAAUGGAAAGGCUGUAAUUGUUGGAGGAGGAUACAUUGGUCUUGAACUUAGUGCAGCUUUAAGAAUCAACAAUAUUGAUGUUACAAUGGUUUAUCCCGAACCAUGGUGCAUGCCUCGCCUUUUUACUGCUGGUAUAGCUGCCUUCUAUGAGGGUUAUUAUGCUAACAAAGGAGUCAAGAUCGUUAAGGGAACAGUUGCUGUUGGGUUCAAUGCUGAUUCAAAUGGAGAGGUAAAGGAAGUGAAACUAAAGGAUGGCAGGGUGCUAGAAGCUGACAUUGUUGUUGUUGGUGUUGGUGGAAGGCCUCUUACAACACUAUUUAAAGGGCAGGUUGAAGAGGAGAAAGGUGGAAUAAAGACUGAUGCGUUUUUCAAAACUAGUAUUUCUGAUGUAUAUGCUGUCGGUGAUGUCGCCACAUUUCCUUUGAAGUUGUACAAUGAUAUCAGAAGAGUUGAACAUGUUGACCAUGCCCGUAAAUCAGCUGAGCAGGCUGUGAAGGCCAUCAAGUCAAAUGAAGAGGGGAAAACAAUUGAUGUAUAUGAUUACCUUCCAUUCUUCUAUUCUCGUUCCUUUGAUCUGUCCUGGCAAUUCUACGGUGACAAUGUUGGUGAUGCCGUGCUAUUUGGAGACAAUGAUCCAGCAUCACCCAAGCCAAAGUUUGGAUCAUACUGGAUCAAAGAUGGGAAGGUUGUCGGAGUUUUUCUGGAGGGUGGAACUCCCGAUGAGAAUAAAGCAAUUGCCAAGGUUGCUAGGGUCCAGCCUCCUGUUGAGAAUUUGGACGUGCUGACAAAAGAAGGUCUUUCUUUCGCCUGUAAGAUAUGAAAUUUCCUUGCUUACGAGAUCAAAAGAUUAUAUCAAAGGUGUUUCUAUCAAGAAUGUAAUAUGAAUAGCUUGCGAGCUCUAAUAAGGUGGUUCUUGUAGUUGCUAUCUUGCUUGUUGGAUGAUGUUUGUUUUAAUACAUGUUUCAUGUUUGGGAUUA